AUGUUUAUAACGGUAGCGGCGUGGCAUAAAGCCGAAAAAAUCUAUCCAGGUUCGGAUCAUGGGACGCUGAAGGCCCGUAUGGUGGAUGCAAUGUCCGAAUCGGCAGUUGCAAUAUUUAUUACAAGUUUUACGGAUGUUCUGUCAUUUGCUAUCGGCUGCUUUACGGACAUCAUAGCAGUUCGCGGAUUUUGCGCCAUGACUUCUGCUUGCAUGUUCUUCACAUUUCUCUAUCAGGUUCCUUGUAAUUUUUCGAAAUUUUUGAAAAAUUGUGAAAGAAGUGGUAAGAAUGAGAUGUCACUUAAGCAAUGUGACGAAUGUUUAAUUUUACACGAUGUUAUUUGA